AUAAUUAUUGAAUGUCAAAUAGAGUUUCAAUGGCCUCCACAAUUUCACUAUCAAAUCUGGUUACAAUGUCUUUAUUUGUCUCUAAUAAUAUACACUGCCGUUUCAAAAAGCCGUUAAUGUCCAUUUGUCAAUCUCCAGAUGAAUAAUGUCAAGUUAGAUAUAUUGCCGUUACCCAAGUACGUGCUUGUAGAAAGAUGCUGAGAUCAGCUUUAACUCCAAUUUUCCCAACAUUUCCCACCAAAACCCUGCCCGCCGCAAGGAGGAUAAGCUCUUCUGCAGUAGCAGCAACCAAACCCCCACAACCUGUUCGACGAAAUGCCCCACCCAACUACCUCACCCUCCCCCACCUCCCCCCAACCUCUGCAUACGUUCACCUCCCCUUCUGCCGGCGGCGCUGCCACUACUGCGACUUCCCCAUCCUGGCCCUCGGCACCACCUCCUCCUCCAUCUCCGAGGACCCGCGAAUCGCCAACUACGUCGACCUCAUCUGCCGAGAAAUCACGGCCACCGCUGCCCUGAACCCAAACGCCGACCAGCCGCCUCUGGAAACUGUCUUUUUCGGCGGCGGGACCCCUUCUCUCGUGCCUCCACGGCUGGUCAAGUCGGUCUUGGACGCGUUGACUGUGAGAUUCGGUCUGAGACCCGGCGCGGAGGUAUCAAUGGAGAUGGACCCGGGGACGUUCGGGGAGCGGGAGCUGAGGGAGGUGAUGGGUUUGGGGGUGAACAGGGUGUCGUUGGGAGUGCAGGCGUUUCAGGAGGAGAUGCUCAAGGGUUGUGGGAGAGCUCAUGGGCUGAAGGAGGUUGAUGAGGCCAUUGAGAUUAUUGUUAGGUCAUGUAAUGUUGAGAACUGGAGCAUUGAUCUCAUAGCUUCUCUCCCUGGCCAGACACCGGAGAUGUGGGAAGAGAGCUUGAGGCGCGCCAUUGAUGCCCGGCCUACGCACGUUUCCGUGUACGAUUUGCAGGUCGAAAAGGAGACCAAAUUUGCAAAAAUGUAUACUCCUGGAGAGCAUCCCUUGCCUUCUGAGAAGCAAUCUGCUGAGUUUUACAGAAUGGCUUCAAAAGCAUUAUCCGGCACCGGCUUUAACCAUUACGAGAUCAGCAGCUACUGCAAGACCGGUUACCAGUGCAGGCACAACUCCACCUAUUGGGACAACAAAUCUUUCUACGGUUUCGGGCUCGGGGCAACCAGUUUUCUCAACGGGCUAAGGUUUCCGAGGCCCAAGAAGUUGAAGGACUACGAAGGGUACGUCCAAAGUCUAGAGAGCGGAACAGUGACCUGUUUCGGGGAGAAGAACAGUGAUUUGAAUGCUGGGGACAUGGCCAUGGAUGUCGUUAUGCUCGCUCUAAGAACUGCCAAAGGGUUGGAUUUGAAGCCUUUUGGGGAAGCUUUUGGUAGCUCCUCUGUGAUGUCUCUUUUGGAUGUUUAUAAACCAUAUGUGGAAACUGGGCAUGUACUUUGGUUGGAUGAGCAGAGGAGAAAUGUUACAAUCGGAGACGCGGUUUCCUACAUUCGCCUCAGUGAUCCUGAUGGUUUCUUGUUAUCCAAUGAGUUGAUAUCUCUUGCGUUUUGUGCUCUCGGGUAAGUACGUGGGACCAUGCUACAAUGACACUAUAGAUGCCACCAAGCUUAACACUUUCAGUGUCUCAGGUAGUGUCAAUUUUGGUGUCAUCCCUGAAGUUAAAUUAGCUUUCUCUAUGAAGUAUGAAAGAAAGUUUGUUUAAUAAAUGUUUGUUUCUCAU